AUGCGCGCAGUCUCCCGCGCCUGCGCCCGCCGGCUUCGGGCUGUGGCGGUGAGUUCGAGCGCGGUGGUGCUACAUGGCCGGCGCCGGGCCCUCCGUUGGAAGUCUGCGGGGGGUUGCCUUUCAGGAGCAUUACAUACUGAAGGGAAGAGUGGAGGGUCCCUAGGAUUGAAAGGUGACAUGGACAGCUCACUGGAAAAUACAGCUUUUUCUUUAUCCAAAUGUUCUUUAGAAUCAGAAUUUACUGAAAGUGGAAAGGACAACAGCAUCAGAUCUUCUAGUGAUUUCCUCCAAAGUUUCAAAGUCUGGGAUUGGUUUGAUGAUGAACAUGAUUCAUGUUGUGAUUCAAGUGGUCUAGAAAAAGAAGUAAAGACCAUUAAUUGGUCUGAAACUGAUGCAGUUCAAAAUACAGCUAUAUAUGUGGAAACAGGCAGCACUUUAUCUUCUCCUUUGGCUGCAAAUACACAAGAAAAUACUGACCAAAAUAUUACCAAUGGUUUGCUAAGGAAAAUUCUAAGUGGAACUAAUGCUCAAGCAUGCAGUAGUCAAGGCUUAAUACCGCCUCACAUCAGUCAAAUUUAUGAUGAAUUAUUUGUCAUACAUCAGAAGCUCCAGAGACAAAGUUUAGCACAGCAGGAAUAUGCUCUCCAACUCCGGAAAAGAGAGCAUUUUCUAACAGAACGAGAAACAGUGCUUUUUAGACAUGAAGCAGCUUUGGCUAAAAUACGAAGUGUUGAGGAAGAAGUUCACACAAAAUUUGGAAUUAUAAAAGAGCAACAUGAGGCAGAAGUUAAACGGCUGACAGAAGUCUUGAGAGAAAUAACUAAAGAAAAUAGGAGGCUGAAGUCAUCAUUUGAAACCUUGAAGGAAGUAAACGACUCUUUAAGAAAACAGUUAAGUGAUGUAACUGAGCUGAACAAGAAGUUGGAAGGUCAAGCAAGAAAAGUACAAGCUCGUUUAGAGAAUCUACAAAGGAAGCAUGAAUUGUUAACAGUACAGAAGUCUAAGAAUAUCUGUCAAGUGGUGCAACAAAGUAAACCUGUCAAGCAGGAAAAAGUGAUGGUAACAUCAAAAAAUGCUAAGCUACCAACGAAUUCACAAGUUUAUGAGCUCCUAACUUGUCUUAUGGAUUGGAUCUCAGACCAGCAUCUUAGCAAAAUAAAAAUACAUGAAGAAAGAGAGGACAGUCAUAAACAUCUGGCUAUCGAGACCUCAAAAAAGAUCUGCACCCAGGAAAGAUGUAUGAAGCUUCUGCCUAUAGCUACUGAGCAGCUCCAGUGGAUGCCAUUUGUGAAUUCCAAACUACACAUGCCUGUAAUUAGAUUUAUUUACUGGUCUAUAAGGCAGUUAGACACUGGUGUUCAGCAUGCAACAAUGACUUCAACAAUGAGGAGACUUGGUGAAGAUAUUUUCAAAGGCAUAGUAAUUAAGGGAAACCCACAUAGUUCUUCUGAACAGUCUACAGAGAGUAAAUCAAAAUUGGCAGCUUUUUUUAAGAGUUCCUGUAUGCCUUUGAGAUUUCUCUCAACUUUAAUUGUGCUUAAAACAGUGACACAAGUGGAUUACCUGGCUCAGGCGUUUGAUUCCCUUAGAACAGACUUGAAGACAGAUGAAGGGAAGGCCUUAUUUUUGGAAUACCAGUGUGUGCCUAUUAUAUUAAGUCACUUAAAAGUAUCCAGUAGAGGUCUGCUUUCCAUUGCUCUUGAUGGAUUACUUCAGAUGACCACAGAAUCUGAUUCUGUACAGCCUUUCCUGGAAGCCUGCAGUAAUGAAUCCUUCUUCCGAACUUGCUCUCUUUUGCUUCGAAGUUCUAAGCUAGAUACUCAGAUUUUGGAAAAGCUCUGUGUGAUACUGCAAAAACUCUCCAGGAUAAAAAGUAAUAAGAAGAUGUUUGAAAUGUUUACUCUUCACCAAAUGAUCCAAGAACUGCACAGGACUACAAAUCCAGAUCAUGUUUUCCUCUGCAUAAACCUCAACUCAAUUCUGUUAAAUUUGGGAUUGUCAAGGAGUAACUCUCUUACCUCCAGUUUAAGCACAAGUCACUAGCACCAUCAUUCAAUCUAAUUUUUGUUCUGUAUGACUUUUACCAGCAGUUUAUGUUACUUGAAAUUUGGAGGGGUUUUCUUACUGUUUUGUGUAAAUUAAUUAAGCAGAAUCUCAGUACUGGAUAAGUUACUCUGUAUUGUGUGGAAUCUCAUUAAUAUUUCCCUCACUCAUGAAAAGGAAAAUGAAAAUGUUAAAUGGCUUUCUUCAUUGAAAGAAAUGAAAAUAAUGCUUCUGAUCUGAAUGAUUCAUGUACCCUAAGGAACUGGAUCCCUUGAGUCAGCAGAUCAGAAAUACCAACAUUUCCUUACAGGUAUGAAUCUUGGUUUCCUUUGACUCUUCAGAGAGUUUUAUAAAUUCAUUUACUUAUUUUAUGAUUGAUAAGUAACAGACAAGUAUCUUAGCAAAUUAACUUUUGAGAUAAUUAGAGUCAUAAUAUGGUUUAACAAAACUAGAUGUAUUGAAUGAGAAUAUUUUUGGUUUAAUUUCAAAAUGCCGUAGUGUUUGGGUGUUUUUUAUAUGUAUAUAUAUAACAGUAUUUUAUCCUGUUUUGUAAGAAUUUCUACUGUCACUUUGGGUUGUAAUAUCUCUGCAAAUGUAAAUAAAAACAUUCCUUCAAAUGCCUGGUAAUAGUAGUCCCCAAUGUAAAAUACUUUAUUUUGUUAUUUCUGCUAUAUUUUGUUUUAAUUUGCAGUAUAAUCCUCAUAGUACCCACAUUUCUGCAUGUAAUGAAUAUACUUUUCGUCUGCCACAGUUCAGUGUUCAGAAGUUCUUGCACGUAGGAAAUAGGAUACUACUUAAAAAUUCAACUUAGUCUUCUGAUUUCUGAUUUGUACUGUAAUUACUGAAACUUUUUAAUUGUAAAAUUGAGGCUCUGGUUAAAAUUUAAAGAUCUGCUGUAUAUUAGUUUUCCACUAAGACUGGCAGUAUAAAACUUCAGAGUGGUUUACUUCUCAGUUCCAUACUUUUUUUUUCCCCCUUGGUUUUCCUUUGUAUUUUUUACCAGAACUCUUUGAACUGAGUCUUUGAAGUUGAAUUCUAAAUGCAGAUAUUUUUCUAGCAAUGUGAGUUGUGUUUCUAACAAGCUUUCCUAUGAAAGGAGUCUACGCUACAUUUGGCACGGCAUAUGUCCAGAAGAGAGAACAAGUAAUGCGUACUCUUUGGGCAGGAAAUGAAUUCUAGGUAAUUUUUAAAUCACACUAAUAAUAGCUAAAAGCUUUUUCUGACAGUGGGUUAUGUUUUGGAAUAGGAUUUCUUCAUCAGGCAAUUCAGAAUUUCAUCGGAUUUACCCGAAGUGCAAAAGCUUGCUUGUAUCUUUGGCUGGAGACAAAACCCUCUUAUUUAGGAGGUGUGUUCCCAGUCCUCAUGUGCUUCUCCAUCCACUUGGUUAUUAAAAAUACUAGAAAAUAAAUAAUUAAAAAAAGCUAUAGAAAGUUGUUAGGUUUCCUGCAUUCACAGGAAUGUUGAUUGUGCUUAUGACUUUCAGGCUUCAUCACUGUGGUUUGUUAAUCUAACCUUUUUUGUGGUACCAGUUUAACACUGUGUGUUCAUCUAAUAAUUGCAAUGGUAAUGCAGUAAAAGAGUAUGAUGUAGCUUUUAUGAUGGGUCCCUUGUGUUUUCAGUGGGAUUUACAGUCUGACAAGAUGAAUCACCAUUCAAAUUUUUAUGAUCUAGAAUGUUUCUGUUAAAAUGCAAAAAAAUAUUUUUGAAUCUGUUACAUAUUAAUGCAAUUAAAUUGAUUGAUGAACUAAGAAUAAGACAAAUGAUUUUGAUCUUAGGUAAAUUUUAACAGAGCUGUAAAGAAAAAUAGAAGUUCUUGAUUUAACAUUCAUAUAACAGUAAACAAAAAGUAUCAGGAAUAAAGAAAUAAAUUAAUUAUGAAGUGUCUUUUGAAGAAUAGAUACU